UGUUGAAAGGGAAAUUUAAUUAGGAUAUAAAUAUAAAGCAUAAUAUUUUUUUUGUCAUCUUAUUUUAUAAUUUGAUUUUUAAAUAAUUAAAUUAUCUAAUAAUUCUAUUCAUUUAAAAUCGAUUGGAAAAAGUCGAAGGGCACGUUUGAAUGGUAAUAUAUCGGAUAUGAUCGGAAAUAUUCUAUAUACUAAUUCGGAACCUACCUUUCUCACAACCAGAUUCAAGCAAAGUAUAAAAUCUCGCCACAGUCGAAUUAAUUUAUGGUCCAUUAUUUUAGUAUUUCUCAUACAUAUCCUCCCUAGUUUCGCUGCUUUAGUCUCAGGACAUCACGAACCAAAAUGUCCUGCCGGUACUAGUCCCCAAACAUCAGCUCAAUCGGGAACUCUAAAAUAUUGCACAUGCUUAGCAUCUCACGACUCUGGAAUGGAAGUAACAUGUGUUAACAAAAAAGGUGAAAUGUUGUCCGAAGCGCUAAAUAUAUAUAAAAAUAAUCCAGAUUUGCCUAUAACCUCUCUCAUAUUGCAACUAAACUUUAUCCCCACCGUUGAAAAUGGGACAUUUUCAGGCUUAAAAUCCGUCAAGGAUAUUCAAUUCAGACUUAAUCGCAUCAAAAACUUUUCGUCCAACGCAUUUUUGGGUAUCGAAGAUUCGUUAGAAAAAUUGACCAUCCUGGAAUUUUUUUGGGUUAGUUUUAAAUACAAAACACUGGAUCAAAUCCCUGUUGAUGCCCUCAAACCUUUAAAGAAUUUGAAAGAACUUUUUGUGAGCUCCGCAAACAUCAGAGUCAUCCCUCAUAAUGCUUUCAACACAUUAUUAAAUCUAGAAGUUUUAAAAAUAAUGAGUUUCACGCUUAACAAAAUUUAUAAUGAUUCCCUAUCAGGUCUGAAAAACCUUAAAGAUUUCUCCUUAGUGACAAAUUUUCUAAAGGAGAUCCCUCCUCUUGUCUUCAGCGAAACCCCAAACAUGGAAAAAUUAUUCAUUUCCCUCAAAUCAUUUAAAAAAAUUACUAAAGAACAUUUUUCCAACCUUAGGUAUCUUAGAGAAUUAAGUUUUAAUAACUCGGGAAUAGAUACAAUUGAAAGCGGUGCAUUUAUGCAAAUGUCAAAUUCUCUCAAAUCUUUAAGUCUCAAAGGGAAUCAAAUAUCUACAUUACCGGAGAGUAUUUCUAACCUUCCCAAACUAACACAUCUGGAUUUAUCGUCAAAUACCAUAUUCGAUAUCAAUGCAAACUCUUUUUACGGAUUAAACUCCCUUGAACAUCUAAUUCUUAGUUAUAAUAUAGUUAAAAAUAUUAAAAGCAAUGUUUUAGCCGACAGCAAAUGGCUGAAAUUUAUAGAUCUUAAAGCCAACCUUCUUACACAAAUACCUGAAUUUUUUUUUCAAACAUUUAGAAAUUUAAACACUUUGGACUUAUCCAAAAAUUUUAUCAAUGAAAUUGCCGAAUUAACGUUCUAUCAAAACGAUAAACUCGAAAAAUUAGACCUUUCCAACAAUAAUUUGAAAAUCAUACACUCAACUUCGUUUAAAUCUUUAGGGAAGAGUUUGACAUAUCUAGAUCUCUCUCAUAAUUAUUUACCAACGCUACCUUCCUUAACCUUAUCCGAAUUUGAAAAUUUAGUAUACUUAAAUAUGAGCCACAAUAAUAUGACUAGUUUAGAUAUCGAUUCUUUACAGGGCUCUGAAGAUACACUUCGUUUCAUCGGAAUAUCUGAUAACCCUUGGCACUGCGAUUGUAAAAUGCGCAGAUUUCGAGAAUGGUACAAAUUUUGGUCAGAUCAAUUGAGUCAUUCAGAUAAAUAUCUACAAGAGUUAAACAUCGAAAACGCCAAAUGUCACACUCCAACAAAUUUAGCAGGUGUACCUAUCCUGUAUCCACCUUUGAAUGCUUUCACUUUUUGCGAAAAUGUAACCGAUUUUAAUAACACUCGAGAUGAAAGUAAGGUAAGAUAUCAUAUCAAAGGAACUAAUGACAUAUAUGAUGGAGAUGCUGACAAUGAUAACUUUGACACAAAUUCUAUCCCCAAUAGUCUUGCUCAAACGAAUAAUGCCUAUGGUAACGAUCGUCAAAAUUUAGUUCUCAAUUCCUUAAAACAAGCCAGGAUAGCUUUAACCCUCUCAAUUUGCACUGUAGCUAUAUUAUUAGCGCUCUUUAUCUCUAAAUUUUUAUUUUCUGGUAAUAAUAAUAAAAAUAUCAUGGAAGAGGAAUCAAACAAUAAAUCUUCUAAAUUAGGAAGUUUUCUUUCAGCUAUUCCAGUUGCUUUUAGGAAUGGGCAUGUAACUAAUGUUCCUGAAGAUAAACAAACUAUAGCCAACCACGGAUAUCCUAUGGGAACGGUCUCGUAAUAUACACUCGUUUUGACAUAUUACACAAUAUUAUUUAUAAAUCAAUUUGGACUUAGUAAUAUAAAAUUGACGUGAUUAUUUCUUAUAAUUUUAUUGUAUAUCUUUUAGAUUUAUAUAUUAUCAUUUUAUGAGUUAGGUUAGAUGAAUAUUAAUAAAAAUUAU